GGCCUAAAAUCGUGCCCUAAUUCUCUUCUCUUGGAUUCGGAUAUUCUGGACUGUAUUCGAUCUGUUGUUGUGUACUUGGAAGCUCCCGCACUGCAAUUUGCAGAAAGCCAGUCUGGCCGCAUUUUAGCUGAAUUUAUUGUUUAGUUUUGAUACGGUUUUGGUUUUCUGAUAAAUCUCUUUUUUCGUUGGGGGCAAUUCAUUUUUAUUUUUGUCUUGUUUGAUUGAGAAUGGGAGUUCCGGCGUUUUACCGGUGGUUGGCCGAGAAGUAUCCGAUGGUGGUGGUGGAUGUGAUUGAAGAAGAGGCGGUGGUUAUAGAAGGGGUUAAAAUCCCGGUGGAUACGAGCAAGCCGAAUCCUAACAACAUCGAAUACGAUAACUUGUACCUGGAUAUGAAUGGAAUUAUUCACCCUUGCUUUCAUCCUGAAGACCGCCCUUCUCCAACCACUUUUGAUGAGGUGUUUCAAUGCAUAUUUGAUUAUAUUGAUAGGCUCUUUGUUAUGGUGCGACCACGGAAACUGCUUUACAUGGCUAUUGAUGGUGUGGCGCCAAGAGCUAAGAUGAAUCAGCAGCGGUCAAGGCGUUUCAGAGCUGCCAAAGAUGCAGCUGAUGCGGCGGCUGAAGAGGAAAGGUUGCGUGCGGAGUUUGAGCAAGAAGGCAGGAACCUUCCCCCCAAACAGCAAUCACAGCUUUUUGAUUCUAAUGUUAUUACACCUGGAACACCAUUCAUGGCUGUUCUAUCCAUUGCUCUGCAAUACUACAUUCACCUCAGACUGAACAAUGACCCUGGAUGGAAAAAUGUCAAGGUUAUUCUUUCUGAUGCAAAUGUUCCUGGUGAAGGGGAACACAAGAUCAUGUCGUACAUCCGUCUCCAAAGGAAUCUUCCUGGUUAUGAUCCAAACACCCGCCAUUGUCUGUAUGGAUUGGAUGCUGAUCUGAUCAUGUUGGCUUUGGCCACUCAUGAAGUUCAUUUUUCAAUACUUAGAGAGGUUGUAUUUACUCCAGGGCAACAAGACAAAUGCUUUCUUUGCGGUCAAAUGGGUCAUUUAGCUGCAGAUUGUGAAGGGAAAGCGAAGAGAAAGGCAGGUGAAUUUGAUGAGAAAGGUGAUGCUGAAAUUGUGCCUAAAAAACCUUAUCAGUUUCUAAACAUUUGGACUCUUCGUGAAUAUCUGGAAUAUGAGAUGAGGAUUCCUAACCUGCCUUUCGAGAUUGACUUUGAACGCAUUGUUGAUGAUUUUAUUUUCAUAUGCUUCUUUGUCGGUAAUGAUUUUUUGCCGCAUAUGCCCACGCUCGAGAUUCGUGAGGGUGCAAUCAACUUGCUGAUGGCUGUGUAUAAAAAGGAGUUGAGGGUUUUGGGUGGGUAUUUGACUGAUGGAUGCAAGCCGAACCUGAGCAGGGUCGAGCACUUUAUUCAAGCUGUGGGAUCGUUUGAAGAUAAAAUAUUUCUUAAAAGGGCCCGAUUACAUCAGAGGCAAGCUGAGAGAAUCAAGCGUGACAAGUCUCAAGCUAAAAGAGGAGAUGAUUCUGAACCUACAAAUAGACCUGAAUCGCUUGUUCCAGUUGCUCGGUUCCAUGGUUCUCGCCUUGCUUCUGGUCCUUCACCUUCACCCUAUCAACAGAAGGACUUUUCAAAUUCUGUUAGGUACGAUCAACUUGGCCAAGCUACCUCAAGAUUUUCCGUUCUUGACAUUAAUUGCAAACAAUCUGCUACAACCGAGAAAACCUACAUCAGGGCCCAAAAAGUUGCACGGAUGGAUCCUGGAGCCACUAUAGGGGCAGCUAUUGUUGAAGCUGAGAACAAUCUAGAAAUUGAAAUACAAGAAAACAAAGAAGAGUUGAAGUCUAAGCUCAAGGAAUUGCUUCGUGAGAAGUCCGAUGUAUUUAAUAUGGACAAUCCAGAGGAGGAUAAGGUCAAAUUGGGUGAACCGGGUUGGAAGGAGAGGUACUAUGAAGAGAAGUUUUCUGCAAAGUCUCCAGAGGAACUUGAAGCAGUACGAAGGGAUGUAGUUCUGAAAUACACCGAAGGGUUAUGUUGGGUUAUGCACUACUACUAUGAAGGGGUCUGUUCAUGGCAAUGGUUUUAUCCAUACCAUUAUGCACCAUUUGCUUCAGAUCUAAAGGAUCUUGGACAGUUGAGCAUAAGUUUUGAAUUAGGGACUCCAUUUAAACCGUUCAAUCAGUUGCUGGGGGUCUUCCCGGCUGCAAGUGCUCAUGCUUUACCCGAGCAGUAUAGGAAACUGAUGACUGAUCCGAACUCACCUAUAAUUGAUUUUUAUCCUACUGACUUUGAAGUGGAUAUGAAUGGUAAGCGGUUCUCUUGGCAGGGUAUUGCCAAAUUGCCUUUCAUUGAUGAGCGCCGUCUACUGGCCGAAGUGGCAAAAAUUGAGCACACACUUACUGAAGAGGAAGCACGGAGAAACAGUGUGAUGUCUGACAUGCUUUUUGUGUCAUUAUCUCAUACUCUAUCCCCAUACAUAUUCUCUCUUGAUGAUCGUUGUAAGCAGCUGCCUGAUAAAGAAAGAGUGCAGGUUAAGGAACGACUUGAUCCAGGAGCCAGGGCUACAUGCAGUGGUGGAAUGAACGGCUAUAUUUCCCUUUGCGCUGGGGACCCUUGCCCUCCUGUCUUCAGGUCACCUAUUCAAGGGAUGGAAGACAUUAUGAACAACCAAGUCAUAUGUGCUAUAUAUAGACUUCCAGACAUCCAUAACCACAUUACUCGACCGCCGCCCGGUGUAAUUUUUCCAAAGAAGACUGUGACAACUGGUGAUCUAAAACCAGAUCCUGUACUUUGGCAUGAGGAUUCUGGAAGGAGGCCAUUUGACAAUGGAAGGUAUAAUAACAAUAAUAACAAUAAUAAGACAAAUGGAGGCAUAUCUGGACGACAGCUUGGAGAGGCUGCUCAUCGCCUUGUUGUUAAUAGUUUACAGUCGAGGGGAGAGAGGAACGGCCAUCCUGGUCAAAUAUAUCCUCCACAUUCUCCUCAUGCCGUUGGAUAUGAACUGCACUAUCAGCCUUACCUGAACCAUGCAUACCCCGGUCCGCAACAUGCCAUGCCGCAAGCCACUUCAGGCUAUCCUCACCAUAGACCUUCAGGUUCCAUGGGUUACAGACAACCAUAUCCUCCACCUGUUCACAACAACUCAUAUAAUAGAUUCCAAAAUCCUCGACAUGAGUCGAACAAUAGGCCUGCCCCUCAUGUUAGGGAUAACCCCAGACCUGGAUAUUAUGCACAGGGUCCACCACAACAUGGAGGGCGUGAUUACUCUCCGUAUCCUCCUCAAGUACCAAUUCGCCAGGGUGCUUAUUAUCACCAAUCCAGUGGAUACAAUAAUGCAGAGGCUGAUAGAUCCUACGGGGGUAGUCAUCACCAGGGGGGUGGUAGCUGGGCCCCCCCAGUUAACUCAAAUGCUGGCAGAGGAUUCAACCAUCCUCGCCAAUCAGGCAACCAGUUCUCGGCUUUGGGUAGGGGAGGAGGCAGGCGAGCCCCACAAUCAGAUAACCGGAGAUAGGGGCAUUGUUGGUUCUCCCUGACUUAGCUUGUGGCUGUCACGAAGGUGAAGAGUGUACAAGAUUAAGGUAUAGAAGUUCAAUGGUGCCAUAUAUUGGUAUUUCGACAUUGUAGAUUAGGCCGGACUCGGUUAAUUAGGGGACAGCUUUACUGCAACAGUGGUUAUAGCCAAAGUCAGUUAUAGGAUUGAGUGGCUGAUACUCAGGAAUAGCUUGGCCUUUUUCUAAUUCUUUGUGUUAGAUUCAUGUAUUCUUUCCCUUGUGUUGUAUAAUAUACCUGUAAGCCUUUGCAAAUUUUUCUUUGUGUGUGUCAAGUAUUCUCCAGAUGAUGUGUA